UGUCAUUGUUGCAUUGUAAUUAAGCAAGAAUGAUGGUUAAAAAAAAUAAAACCUAGCUCCAACAACAAUCUUUUGGGUGUGUAAAUAUUGAAUCCAGUCUUGCUGACAUUAAUUCACAGUGAUUCCCCCUUACCCCACAGAAAUUCAUAGGCACAGUGAUUCCUUCAAUCCCUACAAACACAAUGAACUCCCCCUAAACCUGAGUUAGAGGUUGCAACCUGUACCAAACGUACACUACAAAUUGGCAACCCCAGGGAUUAAGUUGCAGGUCCAGUCAAAAAUCCGCAGCCCGCCAUUAGAACCCACUAUCACUUUCCCACGUUUGGAUUUGCCGCUCACUAAUCCGCAGUGGAGCAGUCACAUGAUGGUAGGAUCACAUGACCAUCACGUCAGGUCCUUUGCGAGGAUAGCAACUAGCCGCUACCGAUUCCAAACUAGAGAAUAUGGUUGUUGUUAUUGUAGCACGUCACUUCCGUUUGCGCUGGCUAUUUUUACGGCAGCGGCUCUGAACACUUCAUUUCUUCACAUACGCGAGGACAUAAUACUGCUAUAGCUUGCGAUAAGGGUAGAAACGAAACCAGGCGCCAAGGAAAGUGUUCCGCGAAAUCGAUCAUGUGACUUCUUCCCGGAAGAACAACACUCCAAGGGCAGUCAAGGGACGUGACGUCAGCCCCCCGCCUCUUCAAACCAUUGGCUACAACAGAGUCAGGUUACCGGCGAUUGAUAACAUGUUGGUUUAGUUGACGUACAGGGACUGCUGGGAAUCGCGCAUCUCGCUGACGCUGGAUUUCACAAUUUCUGUAGAAGGCUCAAUCCUGGUGAUUACAUCGGCACAUAUUGUUGUAUCAAUGCCCCUGGCUAAUGGCAACAAAAAUAACUGUUUUAGUACACUUGAAAUGGAGAUAGCAGAAACAUACAGUAUUAAGGAAAAUCAUGGAAGAAGCAAGUGUCUCUCCCCUGAAGCACUUUGUGUUAGCCAAGAAGGCCAUUACUUCUAUCUUUGACCAGUUGGUGGAAUAUGUCAAUGAAGGAGUAACCUUUGUAGAAGAAACUUUUCAGAAUCCAGAACUUCAAAAUGUAAGUACAGAGGAUGAUGUAAAGAAGAUUCAGACAUCUAAGACCAAACUAGCUGGCAUUGGGGAGGUUCUGGCACGUAGGAACAUGAAGGUGGCAUUUUUUGGCAGAACAAGUAGUGGCAAGAGCACAGUGAUAAACUCUAUGUUGUGGGAUAAAGUUCUGCCCAGUGGCAUUGGACACACUACCAACUGCUUCCUUAGCGUGGAAGGUACAGAGGGAGACAAAGCUUAUCUGAUGACAGAGGGUUCAGAGGAGAAGAAAAGUGUAAAGACUGUUAAUCAGCUUGCACACGCACUGCAUAUGGACAAAGACUUAGGAGCUGGCUGUCUUGUUCAUGUGUUCUGGCCAAAAGCAAAAUGUACUCUCCUCCGAGAUGACUUAGUCCUUGUAGACAGUCCAGGAACAGAUGUGACAACAGAGCUGGAUAGCUGGAUUGAUAAAUUUUGCUUGGAUGCAGAUGUCUUUGUUCUGGUGGCAAAUUCAGAAUCUACUCUCAUGAACACGGAGAAACAUUUUUUCUAUAAGGUCAAUGAGAAACUUUCCAAGCCUAAUAUAUUUAUCCUUAACAAUCGCUGGGAUGCCUCUGCAUCUGAACCAGAGUAUAUGGAAGAUGUACGUAAACAACACAUGGAACGUUGUCAGUCUUUUCUUGUGGAUGAAUUGAAAGUGGUGGAUUCCUCAGAGGCACAAAAGCGCAUCUUUUUUGUUUCAGCCAAGGAAGUUCUGAAUGCCAGAAUGCACAAGGCACAAGGGAUGCCAGAGGCCGGUGCUGCACUUGCUGAAGGAUUUCACACCAGAUUCUUGGAAUUCCAGAAGUUUGAAAAGCUGUUCGAGGUAAUGCACCAUUUUCUUUACACUGCAAGCCAAUUUUUAAGGACUGACCCGAUACAGGCCCCACUGGAAUGUAUCUCGCAGUCAGCAGUGAAAACAAAGUUUGAGCAGCACACUAUCACAGCUAAACAAAUUACUGAUACCGUGAAAGCUAUUAUGGAUACUAUAAACAUCAAGGCAGCAGACAAAAGGGUACGGUGCAUGGUAGAGAGAGAGAAUCAGAAUGACAGGCUUGAGUAUGUGAAGACACAAAUGCUGAUCCUAACCGAGGAAAUUGAGAGAAGGAUUCUACAUAUCACAAAGGAAGUCAAUGAACAGGUCUCUGAUGCAAUGAUGGAUGAGAUACACCAACUUUCCCUUCUGGUUGACAAGUUUGAUGCUGAGUUCCACCCAUCUUUACCAGUUUUGAAGCUAUACAAGAAUGAACUGAACAUUCACAUAGAAAAUGGCAUGGGGAGAAAACUGGCCGAUCGCUGUUCCAAUGCAGCGAACACAUCCAUCCAGAAAGCACAAGAAGAUAUCAUUGAAAAGCUGAUGCCUUUACUGCCGCCCUCUGUGCAAGAUCAGACCCCUACGUCUCUGCCGUGUAAAAAGUUUGACCUCAGCUACAACAUCAACUGUGAAAAGUUGUGCUGUGACUUCCAAGAAGACGUUGAGUUUCGUUUUUCCUUUGGUUUGACAUCACUUGCGAAUCGGUUCCUUGGCUGUAAAAACAGCCACCUUUUAUUGGGCUUUGCAGAACCAAUCUUUCAGAUUCCCCGGCCUGUAACUACACCUUCAGCAACAGGUAACCAAGUGUUACCCCCUCAGCCUGCUUCUCAAGAGGAACUCAUGCUUUCUGUCAUGUCAGGAUUGGCAUCUCUAACAUCAAGGGGUUCAAUGGGUGUCAUCGUAGUUGGUGGAGUUGUCUGGAGGACUGUAGGGUGGAGGUUGAUCACUGGAAUGUUAUUGGCCUACGGCAGUUUAUACCUUUAUGAACGUCUGACAUGGACAACAAGAGCCAAAGAGAAAGCUUUCAAAAGGCAGUUUGUGAAUUAUGCUGCUCAGAAACUGAAGAUGAUUGUUAGUUUCACCAGUGCCAACUGCAGUCAACAGGUUCAGAAGGAGCUGGACAACACUUUUAAACGAUUAAGUCAACAAGUAGAUGUGACGGAGAGAGACCUAACAGAGGCCAUAGACAAACUUUCUGGAGAAAUCGAUGAACUGGAGCAAAUUCAGAGUAACUCCAAAGUACUCAGAAACCGAGCAUCGCAAAUUGAAGGAGAAUUGAGACAUUUCUCAAAGAGCUUUCUACCUCACAAUAAGUAACGCCUGCAGAUCCUUGUACUGAAGAUGGCAACCAGUGAACAUAAACUGCCUUCCCCAAGCACUGGAUAUUGUACAGACUUGCACACUCAGCUCUCAUUAAGUGUUCAUGGAAAAGAGGAAUAUAUAUUUAUAUUUUGGCAAAUAAAAUGUAUUUUUGUGUAUAGGCAACAGAGAAACAGCACGGUUUUAGCACAAAUGAAGGCAAAAGUUAAAUCUUGAUAGAAGUAAAUUAUUGGCAUUUUAUUAUUUUCUGUGCCACUGCCUGGGAAGCUUUCAGCUUAUGAAUUGUGUGCCAUGUUCUGAUAUUUUGGUGACAGAAUGGGCUACACCCUAAUGUUCAUCUAUAGAUUUCUUCCUUGUUCUAGUUCAGUAAGAGAGAGCUACAGGUUGUUAACCAGUCCUACAAUAGGGGCCCCACUCUGCACCUUGGAUUUGUAGCCAUUUGUGUUUCUAGAGUUGUGACUUGCUUUUUUAUUACUUCUACUGUGAGACAUUACACUACAUUACUUUUUUUGUUUCCCUUGCAUAUUAAUGUUGCAGAUAUCACCUACCCCUCUAGUAAGGGGAAUAGAUAAUGUAUGUAUAAAUGGCUACUCUAUUCUUUGGGAAAGGCCCUGACCUAUUUAUUUUUGAAUGGUAACAUAUGCUAUGGCUUCCCUGCAGCUGUCUAUGGGACAAGCUCCACGACUAUUUUAUUAACUGUGUUUAUUUACCCGCAGUCGUCUUGGAAUAAUCAGUCAGUGGGAAAAAAACAGGCAGGUUCAUUGGGCAUCCCUGAAGUUUGUGGGAGGUGUAGUGCAACUAUUGGUGGCCCAGCUAGACCAUUGUAACCCUCCCCUUUCAGAAUCACAGACUAUGGUCUAACCUUGGUCAAAGCAUUGAUACAUGUUCUCCAAGCUGUUAUCACCUGAUCGGUGCUGAUCCAGGUGAUUUAAAGAGUAUAUAUACCUCCCCUUUUUUGACACAAGAUAAUUUUUUCUGAAUUAUUGCUUAAAGGUGAGUUUUAGUUGCAUAAAAACAAGAUGUACUGCCAAACCGAGCCUCCUAUAGGCUGGCAGUUCACAUAGAGGCUUCCAAAUAGCCAAUCACAUCCCUUAUUUGGCACCAUCAGGGACUUUUUCAUGGGUAAAAAAGGUUGGGGGCCAUUGCUGUAUGGGCUGGAGAACUGGCAAACCCACUAGUGGUGGCUGUCCAAUAGCAAUGAAGGAUCAGUAGGGUAUUUCUAUAGUUUGCAGAUUGCUGAGAAGUGUAGUGUGAUAUUAAUGAGUUUGAUGCAGUCAGUGUUUCUACAAACUCCUCUUCCCUGAGCAAGAGACUGCACAGAACUCAUCAUAGGAAAUGUAAGUCCAUUCAUUGGGAAAUGAGUAGCAAAACUAUAAUACAAAAAUGGUGUGUCUUGCAGAAGUGGCCUUAAAGGGAUGUAAACCCCGAAAUAGUGUUUUCUUGGGUAUCAUUGUCAUUUCAAGCAUUAACUAGAUACAUUUCUUACAGAUUUAAUUCUUUGUGAUUUUGAUGAAAAGCCGAAUUUCUCUUGUGACUUGCUGUUUUCUGCACUAGUGGUUCUUACUUCUGAAACAGUAUAGCUGAAGCCAGCUGAUUAACAGAUAAGUCUUGGCUAUAUUCUUUCAAGAGCCAGAACCAGGAGUGCAGAAAGGCAUAGAUAAUGACAGCUUUGAGUUCCAUUUAUACUGUAACAAUCAGACCACUGACUAUUUGUAAUAAAUGCGUACUGGAAUGUUA